GCUUCCCUCCCCUCCCCCCGCAACCACACACACACACACACAGGCACACAAACAGAGAGCGAAGGUGGGGGGAGAGGGAAGAGACUCCCCCGGCGGCCUCCCUCCCUCCCUCGCACACAGCGACUGGAGAGACGGACGGAGCGCAGCGCUCAGGGAGAGGAGACCACCGAGCACACAAGGCGAGCGCUCUCACACAUUCAGGCGCGCACACACACACACACACACGCACACACUCACUCGCAGUGCCUGCUCUUUCCUCUCUCCCCCCUUCCCUCCUCCUCCUUUCUCUGCAACAAGAAAAAAAAAGCCACUUACAGGGAGUGAUGUGCAACUAAUUAAAGACAGACAGGCGGGUUAAGCGUCUGCAAAUCCAAGCCCCCCCAAAUACAGAGACUGUGGCGACGGUUCCCGGGGAGAAGAAUGCGAGCGCAGAGGCUGCCUGAGACUCCUUCGCCGCCCGCAGCGAUGUCCCCCCAGGAGGAUUAAAGGGCACGGCUGGGCUCCCCUCCCCGCUGCUGAUCCCGCCGCCGCCCCCCCGGCCCGCCCGACGGCUCCAGUGGCCCUCCUCCCCGCCCUGCCCUUCCCUCCCCUGGCCCUCCCCGGCCCCCCCUUCCUCCCCACCCUGUUGCCCCAGGCCCACCCCCACCCCUUGGGCACCAUGAACACCAACGUGUGCGUGGAGACGGGGCCCAACCCGGAGGCGCCGGGGCUGCCCAAGGAGAACCACCUGCCCGACGGCGCCCUCAACAGCCUUGUGGAUUACAACUCGGAGAUGGAGAGGUACCGCUCCUUCGCCACCUUCUACAAGACCAACGGCGGCGCCUUCCCGCAGGCAGCCAAGAUCGCACGCAUCACCACCCCCAUCUUCCCCAGCGCCGCCGCCGCCGCCGCCGCUCGCAUCGGCAUGUCCCCCUGGAACUGCGACACCGCCACGGCCGCCGCCGCCACCGCCAUGCUGUGGGGCAGCGGCGCGGGGGGCGGCGGCGCGGGCGUCGGAGGCCCCAACCCCGCGGCGGCCGCGGCUGGCGGCGUGGUGGCCCGCAAAGCCUCGGCAGCGGCGGCCGCCGCAGCUGCCGCGGCCGCCGCCUCGUCGGUGGCGUCGUCGGUGGCGUCGUCCGUGGCCUCUUCGCCCGCCUCUUCCCUGCACGCCGCCAGCAGGAGCGGCGGCGGCGGCGGCUUGCACCAUCGGAACGAGUCCCAGCGGCUGGGCAAGCCUGGCUGCGCGCCAGCCGAGCAGCCCGCGUUGCAAAUGGCAAAUAAUAAUUUCCUCUCCACCUUAGCCCCUGAACACUGCAGACCUUUGGCUGGGGAAUGCAUGAACAAGCUCAAAUGCGGCGCCGCUGAAGCAGAGAUAAUGAAUCUCCCCGAGCGCGUGGGGACUUUUUCCGCUAUUCCGGCUUUAGGGGGCAUCUCAUUACCUCCCGGGGUCAUCGUCAUGACAGCCCUGCACUCCCCCGCAGCAGCCUCGGCAGCCGUCACAGACAGCGCGUUUCAAAUUGCCAAUCUGGCAGACUGCCCGCAGAGCCAUUCCUCCGCCUCUUCGUCCUCCUCCUCCCUGGGAGCCGCCGGAGGAGGAGGCGGGGGAGGGGGAGGAGGCGGCGGCGGCGGCGCUGGAGGAGGAGGAGGCGGUGGUGGCGGCGGUGGAGGCGGAGGGGCGGGCAACCCGGCCAAGAAGAAGCGGAAACGGUGCGGGGUCUGCGUGCCCUGCAAGAGGCUUAUCAACUGUGGAGUCUGCAGCAGUUGUAGGAACCGCAAAACGGGACACCAGAUCUGCAAAUUUAGGAAAUGUGAAGAGCUAAAGAAAAAACCUGGCACUUCGCUAGAGGUCAGAGGAGAUGAUUUCUUUCUUCCCAGCCUCCCGCCGUCCCUCGUGAACCCCCUUCCCCCGCCUCUGCAGUGCUUCUUGUCUAGUUUCAAGAUGCAGCAUCCCUUUUCUGAAGCCUCCUUCAGGUUGUGAGGGGGGACACACGGGGGGAGCACCCACCAAUCCCCUUUUGGGGGGAAAAACCGGUUUGAGGGCCUCUCCCUCUUUCUUGCACUGCCCUCCCCAGUCCCACAAAACAAAGCCACUGGUUUGGACCCGCCAGCACCCCAGGUCUGAAGGGGGAAGGAAGGGGGGUGGCGCAAAGCCCCUGUGAGAAAAGGAACGCCUGGGGUCUAGGAGCCGGCCGGCUUUAAAAUGGGGGUGGUGUAUCCAAAGGGGUGGAAAAAGUACUUGUGAUUUGGAAAUGAAAAGUCUGACAAAACCUUUAACACCAGAAAGAAGGAUUUUUUUAAAAAAAGAAAACCAAAAAUAUCGUGAAGAUUUAAACAAAAAAAAUCACUUCUACACUUAUAAAUUACACUAUAAAUUGAUCUGAACAAAGUCUGUAUAUUUUAUCUGUUAUUAUAAA